UUUGUUAUUUUUAAAGCUUCGUUUUCUCGUGGCUUUGUUUAGUCCCGGGGAAGUUCAUUUUACACCCAUAAGCGUGAAAUUCACGCCGUGCGGAGCCAGAAAGGCUCGCUGUCUUAACAGAUCUGUUUAUGCAGUAGUUCUACGCGCGCUCUAUCUCGUCGUAUCGUAAUGGCGGGAGUUUCGAUCUUAUUCAUUCUUCUCCGUGUUGUGGAAGACGAAAGGAGGCUUUAGUUAUUAGCCAUGGCUGCCUUGGAUAGCAUAUCUGAGCUUAACACCCUUUUGGAUAACUGGAGAAGGGAAGAUCAAGAAAAUUCUUCGCCAGUUAAUACGCUUCAAAGGAUAGCAGAGUUGGUUGAGCGUGAGAACGAGGCUUACCAUAAACUAGACCCAGAUCCUUUUGAUGACCGGCAUCCAGGUCGAGCAGAUCCUGACUGUGCCCUGGGUCAUCUCCUUAAGACAUUAUUCAGGAAUGAUGAAUUCAUGGACAAGCUUGUAAACUCGUACAUCAUGAGCACAGUGGAAGAGUUUGAUCUCAACUGCAUUGCAGCAAGAGUUCUGUUGAAUGCCAUGCCUGGACUUGAGAGUGCCGCAGUGUUCCAGGAUAUGGCAAGUUUAGGAGAAGUGGUAACAUUGAAUCACUUCUCUCAUUUUUCUAGUUUAAAUGCCGAAGAUGUCUGCAAGGUACCUUGUGUGCUGCGUCGGUUGCACAUCUUAAAAGACUUGCCAGACCUGACACAGCCUGCAGUAACAGACCUUUCUAGCAGGGUUAUCCUCAAGGCAAAGUAUAGCAGGAACAGGGCAGACGGUGGUAGCAGUUUCAAUUACAAGGUCAAGAAAACAGGCUUGGCCGAGCCUGGACCGUCAAGUAACACACAGCAGACCAGUGAAAUAUCCAGUCUGUGCAAUGGUGAAGUGUCAGAUGACCCCAGCAGCUACAGCGGGAAGGGUAAGAGUUUGCUACCAACAAGAUCCUCGCCACUGGUAAAGCCAAGCAAGACAGCCCGUUCCUCAGGCAGUGCAAUGUGUGUUCCUAAGGGAGGAUACCAUGUGAUUCCUAUGUCAUUUUCCCUCUUCCCCUUGACACUUGGCAUGCAGCAGAGGCUCAUCUUGCAAUAUCUGACUCCACUGGGAGAAUAUCAGGAGUUGUUGCCAACUGUGUUUGAAACAAAAGCUCUGGAUCUUGUAAUGCACUACAUCACAUUCAAGGGUCAAGUUGAUGUACAACUUGUCUUUGAAGCUCUUAAGUAUUUAGCAUCCCUUCUUUGCCACAAGAAAUUUGCCACAGAAUUUGUCACCCAUAAUGGUGUCCAGCGAUUAUUGGAAGUGCCACGCCCAUCAGUUGCUGCAACAGGAUGUUCCAUGUGUUUGUAUUAUUUGGCUUACAAUGAGGAUGCUAUGGAGAGGGUAUCUCUUUUACCACACCCUGUGUUAAGUGACAUGGUGAAGUAUGCGUUGUGGUUGCUGGAAUGCUCUCAUGACUCGGGCAGAUGUCAUGCGACUCUGUUCUUCUCACUUACGUGUUCAUUUCGAGCAGUGCUGGAACUUUUUGACAGCAAUGAUGGCCUGCGAAAACUGGUGAACCAGCUAAGCACACUUGCCAUCCUUCGUCCUGAUGAAGCUGAACUACUGAGUGACGAUGAAGUGUUUGGCAGUCGACAGACAGCAAAACACACUUGUAUGGCCCUGCGACGAUACUUUGAUGCACAUCUCCACAUCAGAGCAGAUGCACUGAGGAGAUCUAUUGCAAGAAAUCAGGGGGGAACUCCACCUGUCCCAGUUCCUGCCUAUAAGGCUGCAUCUCUGUCUCACAGUAAUGUGAUGGAUAACUGUCAGCUGAUGUUAGAGUAUGCCCCACCUACACUGCGCUGGGAGCCUGUUGAGAUGAUGACCAAACUGCAAGGAUUUACAUUACUGCUUCAGCUAAUUUCUCUGUCAUCUGACUGGGGAGUGGCAAGCAACAGAACGGAUGCCAUGCGCUUAGCAGCAGACGUGACCCGCCUGGCGUUAGAGAUGUUGUUUGUGCUGACAGUAGUACCCAAAGCUCAGCUGGCGCUGUGUGAGGAAGUUCAACUUCCCUCAGGAGAGCAACAGAAAGGAAUGAGGUACUCUUUCAAAUUGACCUUAAUCUUACAUUCAGUAUUUAAGCAUUUACAUCUAUCCGAGAAGACAAGGAAUGAGUUCAUUGUGAGCAGCUCCUGCAGUACUGCUCAGAGAUACACGAACCAUCGAACGCGUUUUAAACUGGGAGAAAGGUCUUUUUCUUUUUUGUUAUGUUUAGUUUUAAUGCGGGAACCAGUCAUUGAAGAUAAUGCCUCUGACCAUGCACUGUUCUGUAAAUAUGCGGCUGAACUGUUAGAGAGAGUCACUGGUAAAUCACUUGCGACUUCCACUGCUGUGCCGUCCCUGUCCAGAAUAACUAAGGCUGAUGUUGUUGCCCAGACACACAUUUCAUAUCCCGCAAAGGAACUACUACAGCUUGUCCAUAGUCAUCUCACUGCUCAAGGUUUGUUCUCUACGAUUGUGUACGUCUAACGUCUUGUGAGAGGCAUGGACGUUCGUUUUAAUCACACCUCAAGCCUGUCUACAGUGUCCACAGGCGCCAGCACGCCCGGGACCCCAUCAUUAACACGCUACAGGUUUAACGACCCAGGAACUCCCGUAGAAAAGGUAAAUAUCCUCAAACCAAGUGGACGAUUUAAACCUCUCAGAGUUAUUCGAGACACCGAGGAAAACAGCCUUUUCACUUGUGCCUCAUUUUCGCCCGAUGGCAAGUCGGUUUUACUUGGCACCCAAAUAGGGGAGCUAAAGGAGUACAACUUAAUCACAGGACAGGUACCCUCUUGUGACCGUGAACUGUUGUUAACCUCCUCGUCAUCUGACUUGCCUCCAUGCGCUCUUUGGACGUUUGGAGACGUCUUCGAAAUGAAUACAGUAUUUUUNACUCUACACGACUCCAACAACACCAAUAACUAUUCAAAGAACCUCGCUUCGUUCAACCCGACAGACGACCUGGUACUCAAUGACGGUGUAUUAUGGGAUGUCAAGGGAAAACGGGUUAUACACAAGUUUGACAAGUUCAACAACUUCGUCAGCGGCGUCUUUCAUCCGUCGGGACUUGAGAUCAUCAUCAACUCGGAAAUUUGGGAUCUCCGUUCGUUUCACUUACUUGACACCUGCCCAUCACUGGAUCAGUGUCAUGUGAUUUUCAACAACAGUGGUGACGUCAUGUACGGUGUAAAGCAUCAAUCCGAUCCACUGGAAAUACCCUUGGCUUCCAGGCUAUUAGGGCCGUAUGAGUCAUCCUUUAGAACGUUCGAUGCAACAGACUACCAACCAAUUGCUACAAUUGACGUCAAGAAAACGAUAUUUGACCUGUGUACUGAUGUUACUGACAGUUUUGUGGCCGUUAUCGAGAACCAGGCCAGCACAGAUGAGAGUGUUUGUCGCGUAUACGAAGUUGGAAGGAUGCGGAGGGCUGAUGAAGAGGACGAGCAGGAAUCCGACGAAGGCGGUGAGGAGGACGAUGACGUCGAUGACGAUGAUGACGAUGACAACGACGAUGACGACGAUGAUGAUGACGAUGAUGACGAAAUAGAAAUCACGAUUUCAGGAGAUGACGAUGAUUCGGACGAAGAUAGUGAUACACUGGUAGCGUUUUGAAGGACUGCAGCUUGACCGUGCCUCCAGAGAGGACAAUUCAGGUCACAGAGAAUUUGACAACAGGAAGGGAAGGUAGAUGGAAGCACGUCAACGUCAACGUUCGGUUUUUAAUCACCCGUCUCAAACGAAACAAAUCAUAAAGUUCCGUUAGUUUUUACCAUGAAUUUGAGAAGCUCAAAACCGUGACCAAAUAACAGGAUCCUCGACGAUAAAUGAUAUGAUUUUGUAGGCAGCACUCGUUGAGUGGCACAAAUCCAUCUGGAAGUGACGAUGGGCAACAAUGGGGAGGGAAGACGGCGAUUACAAAAUAAAAUUGAAACCUGAGCAUACUUUAAAUUCUUUUUGCAAGACGACCUCGUACAAGCCGCUCAGUCCUUGCCUUUGUCGACAGCAUUCAACCCGAACGACUUUCAGGAUUAAACCAAUAUGGCAAAAAAAUAAUUUUUAUGUAUCAUUAUUCCGACACAACUUGUAUUUUAUUUUUAAGGGUGAGGGGUUUUUCUCAAUAUGUUGGAUACAUAUCUCAGACUUGUACAUACUGUUUGUACUUCGGUUGAAUAGAUGUAUCUGAGAACAUCUUGAAGUUACUACCUCGUCUAUUACUGACGUUUACUUUUCUAUGGCAACCGUAUUUAAGACUUCAACAAAAAUUCAUAAUUCCCCGCUUUAAUGAAUGGUAUUUCCACAUUUUCUGAUUGCAUAGUUUGUAUGUCUUUCUACUUUAGCUAGCAACGCUAUUUGAGGAAAGGUUAAUUGAAUUUAGUCUAAAAUUACCACGA